UAUUCCAAUUUUUUUAAUAAUAAAGCCCAUUUGAUUUUUUAAAUGACAAAAUACUCUUGGUAUUCGGCUCCUCCACAGCCUCAAAGAACCAGAAACCAAUUCCUUUCCAUUAAUUCCACAGGGAGCUACACACAAAGAAAAAGCACGAAAAGGGAAUAGCUCACAGUGGGGACUGAGAGGCCCGAGUGAUGGAUUGUGUGCUUUAAAAGCGAAUAAUUCUUGUGAAAAAAGUGACGAAAAAGAUGGGUUUUGAGCCUUUGGAUUGGUAUUGCCGCCCGGUGCCCGGUGGGGUCUGGACAAGAGCAGUGGAGAAUGCUUUUGGUGCAUACACGCCUUGCGCGGUUGAUUCUUUAGUUGUCUGCGUUUCUCAUUUGGUUGUUCUGGGCCUGUGCAUUUAUCGAACAUGGCGGAUCAAGAAGGAUUUCAAAGCCCAGAGGUUCUGUUUGCAGUCCAAAGUUUACAAUUAUAUGUUGGGUUUAUUGGCUGCUUAUUGCACCGCCGAGCCCUUGUUCCGCUUGAUCAUGGGAAUUUCAGUGCUGAAUUUAGAUGGGCAGAUUGGCCUUGCACCAUUUGAGGUGUUUUCUCUGAUAUUAGAGGCCAUUACUUGGUGCUCUAUGCUGGUAAUGAUUGGUGUGGAAACUAAGAUCUAUAUCCGUGAGGUCCGAUGGUUUGUUAGAUUUGCGGUAAUUUAUACUUUAGUGGGGGAUUCCGUGAUGCUGAAUCUUGUUCUUUCACUAAGGGACUUAUACCACAGAUCUGUACUAUAUUUGUACAUCAGUGAAGUUGUUGCCCAGGGUUUGUUUGGAAUACUUUUGCUUGUGUAUAUUCCAAAAUUGGUCGAUUAUCCUGGUUAUACUCCAAUCCGUACUGAAUCAAUUGAUGAUGCUGCAUAUGAAGAACUUCCUGGAGGGGAGCAAAUAUGUCCUGAGAGGCAUGCAAACAUAUUGUCAAGAAUGUUGUUUUCAUGGGUGAAUCCCCUUAUGAAGCUAGGCUAUCAAAGACCCAUUACAGAGAAAGAUAUCUGGAAAUUGGAUACUUGGGAUCGUACUGAAACACUGAACAAUAAGUUCCAAGCAUGUUGGGCUCAGGAACGUCGAAAGCCUAAACCAUGGCUUUUAAGAGCAUUGAACUCUAGCCUUGGUGGAAGGUUUUGGUUUGGAGGCUUUUGGAAGAUCGGGAAUGAUCUUUCCCAAUUUGUGGGGCCGCUUAUUUUGAAUCAUCUCUUACAGUCUAUGCAACGAGGGGAUCCAGCGUGGAUUGGUUACAUCUAUGCCUUCUUAAUAUUUGCUGGAGUGGUUGGUGGGGUGUUAUGUGAAGCUCAGUAUUUUCAGAAUGUCAUGCGCGUUGGCUUCCGGCUUCGGUCAACCUUGGUUGCUGCUGUAUUUCGGAAAUCCUUAAGGCUGACUCAUGAAGCAAGAAAGAAGUUUGCCUCUGGGAAGAUAACCAACUUGAUGACAACUGAUGCUGAAACACUUCAGCAAAUAUCCCAAUCUCUUCAUACUUUGUGGUCAGCUCCAUUUCGUAUCAUUAUCUCCAUGGUUCUUCUGUAUCAGCAAUUGGGGGUUGCUUCACUACUUGGUGCCCUCAUGUUAGUUCUUUUGUUCCCCCUACAGACAUUUGUGAUCAGCAAAAUGCAGAAAUUGUCCAAGGAGGGGUUACAGCGUACAGACAAAAGAAUUGGUCUGAUGAAUGAAAUUUUGGCAGCAAUGGACACUGUGAAAUGUUAUGCAUGGGAGAGUAGUUUCCAAUCCAAGGUGCAUAGUGUUCGAACUGAUGAGUUGUUCUGGUUUCGAAAAGCAUCACUGCUGGGAGCGUGCAAUGGAUUUAUACUAAAUAGCACCCCAGUUGUAGUCACUGUGAUUUCAUUUGGAUUGUUCACUUUUCUUGGUGGGGAUCUUACACCUUCAAGGGCAUUUACUUCACUUUCUCUGUUUGCUGUGCUUCGGUUUCCCCUAUUCAUGCUUCCUAAUAUAAUAACCCAGGUGGUUAAUGCCAAUGUAUCCUUAAAGCGCCUAGAGGAGCUACUUUUAGCUGAAGAGAGAGUUCUUCUGCCAAACCCUCCUCUUGAUCCAGGACUGCCGGCCAUCUCAAUUAAGAAUGGAAACUUUUCUUGGGACUCAAAGGCAGAGAAGCCCACACUGACGGAUGUUAAUUUGGAUAUCCCUGUUGGGAGCUUGGUAGCAAUUGUUGGCAGUACUGGUGAAGGAAAGACAUCACUUAUAUCUGCAAUGCUAGGGGAGCUUCCUUCUGUAGCAGAAUCAAGUGUUGUAAUGAGAGGAAUGGUUGCUUAUGUUCCACAAGUUUCAUGGAUUUUUAAUGCAACCGUACGUGACAACAUUUUAUUUGGAUCAUACUUUGACUCCGGAAGAUAUGAGAAGGCAAUAGAUGUGACUGCAUUGAGGCAUGACCUGGACUUAUUGCCUGGUGGUGAUCUGACCGAGAUUGGUGAAAGAGGAGUGAAUAUUAGUGGUGGGCAGAAGCAAAGAGUCUCUAUGGCUAGAGCUGUCUACUCCAACUCUGAUGUAUACAUUUUUGAUGAUCCUUUGAGUGCUCUGGAUGCUCACGUGGCUCGACAGGUUUUUGAUAAAUGUAUCAGGGGAGAAUUGAGAGAGAAAACCAGGGUUCUUGUUACAAAUCAGCUACAUUUCCUUUCACAAGUUGAUAGAAUCAUCCUGGUCCAUGAAGGUAUGGUGAAAGAGGAGGGAACAUUUGAAGAGCUUUCCAAUAAUGGCACGCUGUUCAAAAGGCUAAUGGAAAACGCAGGAAAGAUGGAAGAAUAUGAAGAAGAAGAAAAAGAAGAUGGUGGAACCAUUGAUCAAAACAAUGAAACGAUGGAGCAUAGUGCCUCUUCAAAACCUAUUGUUAAUGGGAUGGUUAAUGGUAUACCAAAAAGUACAAGCCAAGCAAAUAAACCAAAAGAAGGAAAAUCUGUUCUUAUCAAACAAGAAGAAAGGGAAACAGGCGUUGUUAGCUUGAAAGUUUUGGCGAGGUAUAAGGAUGCGUUAGGAGGCUUGUGGGUGGUUAUGAUACUCUUUAUGUGCUAUAUUUCAUCCGAGGUUCUACGAGUUUCAAGUAGCACAUGGUUGAGCCAUUGGACUGAUCAAGGCAUGACAGGGAAUUAUAACCCCGGUUUCUACAACAUGAUCUAUGCACUUCUAUCAUUUGGUCAGGUUUUGGUGACACUGGCAAACUCUUAUUGGUUGAUUACUUCUAGUCUUUAUGCUGCUAGGAGGUUGCAUGAGGCCAUGCUUAGCUCUAUAUUAAGAGCUCCAAUGGUCUUCUUCCAAACCAAUCCCCUUGGACGGAUCAUAAAUAGAUUUGCAAAGGAUCUUGGAGACAUUGAUCGGAAUGUUGCUCCAUUUGUGAAUAUGUUUCUUGGCCAAGUCUCUCAGCUCCUUUCUACCUUCAUCUUGAUAGGGAUCGUGAGCACUAUGUCCUUGUGGGCCAUUAUGCCACUUCUUGUUUUGUUUUAUGCAGCCUAUCUCUACUAUCAGAGCAUGGCUCGUGAGGUAAAGCGCCUGGACUCCAUCAGCAGAUCCCCUGUUUAUGCACAAUUUGGUGAAGCACUGAAUGGUUUAGCAACUAUUCGUGCAUAUAAAGCUUAUGAUCGGAUGGCAGACAUUAAUGGAAAAUCUGUGGACAACAAUAUCAGAUUCACACUGGUGAACAUGAGUGGAAACCGCUGGCUUGGAAUUCGUUUGGAAACAUUGGGAGGUCUCAUGAUAUGGUUUACGGCUACCUUUGCUGUUAUGCAGAACGGAAGGGCAGAGAACCAGCAGGAGUUUGCAUCCACUAUGGGUCUCCUUCUCAGUUAUGCACUUAAUAUUACAAGUUUAUUGACUGCUGUUCUGAGACUUGCAAGUCUGGCUGAGAAUAGCUUAAAUGCUGUUGAGCGGGUUGGUACAUAUAUAGAGUUGCCUUCAGAGGGUCCAGCUGUAAUUGAGAGCAACCGCCCCCCUCCAGGGUGGCCUUCAUCUGGAUCUAUUAAGUUUGAGAAUGUUGUUUUACGUUAUAGACCUGAACUUCCUCCAGUUUUACAUGAGUUGUCUUUCACAAUUUCUCCAACUGACAAGGUUGGAAUUGUUGGAAGGACUGGUGCAGGAAAGUCCAGCAUGAUAAAUGCAUUAUUUCGGAUUGUUGAAUUAGAAAGAGGAAGAAUUUUGAUUGAUGAUUAUGAUGUCGCUAAGUUUGGACUGACAGAUCUACGUAAAGUUCUUGGUAUCAUACCUCAGUCACCAGUUCUCUUUUCAGGAACUGUGAGGUUUAAUCUCGAUCCUUUUCAAGAACACAAUGAUGCUGACCUCUGGGAAGCUUUAGAGAGGGCACAUCUGAAGGAUGCCAUCAGGAGGAAUUCUUUGGGAUUAGAUGCUGAGGUCUCGGAGGCAGGAGAUAAUUUCAGUGUUGGACAGCGACAAUUAUUAAGUCUUGCCCGAGCAUUGUUGCGAAGAUCAAAGAUUCUUGUUCUUGAUGAAGCGACUGCAGCUGUUGAUGUCAGAACUGACGCUCUUAUUCAAAAAACUAUUCGCGAAGAAUUUAAGUCAUGUACAAUGCUUAUUAUUGCUCAUCGUCUAAAUACCAUUAUUGACUGUGACCGAAUCCUUCUGCUUGAUGCUGGCCGGGUUCGAGAAUUUGAUACACCAGAGCGCCUGUUGUCUAACGAAGGAAGCGCUUUCUCUAAAAUGGUCCAAAGUACAGGCUCAGCGAAUGCUCAAUAUUUACGAAGCUUGGUACUUGGAGGGGAAGGAGAAAACAGGUUGGCGAGAGAAGAAAACAGACAAAUAGAUGGACAGAGGAGAUGGCUGGCCUCUUCUCGCUGGGCUGCGGCUGCUCAGUUUGCUGUAGCUGUGAGCCUCAGUUCAUCCCAGAAUGACCUUCAAAGGUUGGAAAUUGAAGACGAGAACAGCAUCCUCAAGAAGACGAAGGAUGCAGUGAUAACACUCCGAGGAGUUUUGGAAGGAAAGCACGAUAAAGAGAUCGAAGAGUCUCUUGAUCAAAACCAGAUCUCUAGAGAUGGGUGGUGGUCGGCUCUCUACAAAAUGGUUGAAGGUCUUGCUGUGAUGAGCAGGUUAGCUAGGAACCGGCUUCAUCAAACAGAAAAUGUCGGCGACAGAAUUGACUGGGACCAUGCUGACAUGUAGGAAAACUGUCUCUGGCUUGGUGAAAGCAGUUUCAUACUACUAAUUGUUACCGCUUUAGCUUCUACACACUGCAAUUUUUCCAGUGGAUUUUAUAUUGUGAGGGUGGUAGUCACAGGACAUUCUAAGCUGUCCUGCUCGGGUCUCGGAUAUGGCAAUAAAUUGGUCCGUUGUGAAAUUCAUACACGGGAAAACACCGAGGACGAUCUGGUAUUUCAGAUCGCCAUUUUCUGUUGUGUUAAUUUCGACGACGGACAAAUCCUUGAUAUGGAUUGUCCAGUGUCAACGAACAGUAAGCUGUAAAACUGCUUAUGCUUGUAGAUGUAGUUACCUAAUGCAGUGGCUCAAAUGUUGUGUAGGAUAAUUACUGUCUAUAACAAUUGGCCAUUUCUGGGUUC